GAACCUACGUUCUGGAAGCGAUUCAGCAAGUGACAGCAACCACAGCGAAAGGCGCAGUAGGAACUUAGCACUUGAAUGCUGGAGGAGUUAGCAUUAUUUAUCUUAGUAUUUUCGUCAUAAAUACGAAAUAAUUUCCUAUUCAUUUUGAGUAUAUAAGACCGAUGUAACCUAGACAAAACACGUUAGAACACAUUAGAAAACAGAAAUCUUUGAAGUAAACCUGUCUUACAUCAGCAUAUAUCUAAUGUCAUUUGUGAUUUGUGCACAUUCCUAUUAAACUCAGUUGAAAUUUAUCGUGAAUUGUGAAUUGAUGGGCGAAACAAGAAAUCCAUUGUUUUCUCUCAGUGAGUUAGUGAACACAGAAAAAUUUGAAUAGCUGGACGGAGUUGCAAGCAGGCUCCCUGACUGGAUGGAUGGUUUUAAAAAACAUUUACAUGUACAGUAUGUUUGAGCAAACGAACGGAAUUUGCAGGAAUGACUUAACUCGGAGUUUAUUUUUAAAAUAAACGGAGAUCAAUUUUUCUCGCUCUGUCAACGAUACAUGAAGUAUACUUCAUGAAAUAUAAGAUUUUUUACUAAUAACUGAGUAAUAAGUUUAUUAGAAUUUAGAUUUAUGUUGAAUUAGUUUUACUUGAAUGCAAUGUAUUGCGGUAAUUUUACAAUAUUUGAGGGUUUUCAAAUUCAAAUUGAAUUCGCUUACUUUUACAAAUACUUGCCAUAAAUCUUGUAUAUUCAUAAAAAUCAUAAUGGACUGCUGGCUCAUAGUGCAAUGGACACGUGGACCGACGUGGACACACGAACGAAGCGAUUGACGAUCGUCGAUGUAAACCGCGUGAAAACCAUGUAAUAAUGAAUGUGAAUGAAAUUAGACAUAGUUAUAAAAUACGUAGAUAAAAGAAUAUUAUCAUCAUAAAAUAAAGAAUGGUCAUGACUUACGUUACAUACAACGUAGGCUUGCUUUUGCUUGCAAUUUUGUCAUUUUGAUCUCUGAAACUGCUUGUGGCUCAAGUCCAGCGAAUGGAAGUAUGCAGAACAAUGAAGAUGUGAAUACUGAUGCCUUUUUACCUCUGGGGAGCUUUUACGGCUUUAUUCACGGUUUUGUUGCCUCAGUUUCCGUUAUUGUUGUGUCUGAACUUGGGGAUAAGACAUUUUUUAUCGCAGCAAUAAUGGCAAUGAAGUAUUCUCGAUUGAUUGUAUUUGUGGGUGCACUGAGUGCACUAGGCUUUAUGACUGUCUUAUCGGCAGCACUGGGUUUUGCAACCACUGUUAUUCCUAGAAAGUUGACGUACUACGUGUCAUGUGCGUUGUUUGUGUAUUUCGGUUUGAAAAUGUUAUACGAGGGCUACAAAAUGCAUCCGAACGAGGGGCAAGAGGAAUAUGAGGAGGUUCAGGCUGAACUAAAGAAAAGAGAAGAAGAACUGCAACAAUCGUCAAGAUCGUCUGUCAUCCAAGAUCCGGAGCCUGGCAUCAUUGUGACCAAAACACGGAAUCGUUGCUUCAGUUUUGUCUCGCCCGUUUUCGUGCAGUCUUUUACACUCACUUUUUUAGCCGAGUGGGGUGACAGGUCUCAACUAGCUACCAUAAUUCUUGCCUCAAGAGAGAAUGUUUUGGGAGUAACGCUUGGUGGAACUAUUGGACACGCAUUAUGUACUGGAUUAGCUGUCAUUGGUGGAAGGCUUGUCGCUCAAAGAAUAUCAGUGAAAACUGUUACAAUUGUUGGAGGUGUCGUGUUUUUAUUAUUCGCAAUUUCAUCGUUGCUACUGGGACCAUAAGAUGUUGGGUUGCCUUAAAAUGCUUCACGAUUAUCACGAGUAUUGUAAAAUAUAAAUAUUAUAAUUGAACUGGUAUUAAUAAUUGUAACAAUUAAAAUUUUGAAAGACAUUAAAAUUGACAAGUGACAA